CAAAACAGCUCGACUGGUCGGAAGAGGAGAAUAAAGGUCUGGAAAAUAUUUUGAUUUGUACCCUGCAACCAUGUCGGAGGAGCGAUCUGAAAGGUCCGAUGGACGCAUCGUGAAGAUGGAGAUCGACUACAGCGCCACUGUGGACCAGCGUCUCCCGGAGUGCGAGAAAAUGGCCAAAGAGGGCAAGUUACAGGAGGCCAUCGAGAGCUUGUUGUCAUUGGAGAAGCAAACAAGAACCGCAUCAGACAUGGUGUCUACAUCUAGAAUCCUUGUGGCUGUGGUCCAGAUGUGUUAUGAAGCCAAGGACUGGGAUGCCCUAAAUGAAAACAUCAUGCUGCUCACAAAAAGGAGGAGUCAGCUCAAACAGGCUGUCGCCAAAAUGGUCCAAGAAUGUUACAAGUAUGUGGAUGCUGUGACUGAUCUGACCAUCAAGUUGAGACUCAUCGACACACUUCGCACUGUGACUGCCGGCAAGAUCUAUGUGGAGAUUGAGCGUGCCAGGCUAACAAAGACCUUGGCUAAUAUCAAGGAGCAGAGUGGAGAGGUCAAAGAGGCAGCUUCAAUUCUCCAGGAGCUGCAGGUGGAGACAUACGGCUCCAUGGAGAAAAAGGAGAAAGUGGAGUUUAUCUUGGAGCAGAUGAGGCUCUGCAUCGCUGUCAAGGAUUACAUCCGCACACAGAUCAUCAGCAAGAAGAUUAACACCAAAUUCUUCCAAGAGGAGGGCACUGAGGAGUUGAAGCUGAAGUACUACAACCUGAUGAUUCAAGUGGAUCAGCACGAGGGCUCCUACCUGUCUAUCUGCAAGCACUACCGGGCCAUUUACGACACACCCUGCAUCCUGGAGGACAGCAGCAAGUGGCAACAGGCCCUGAAGAGCGUGGUGCUGUAUGUCAUCCUGUCGCCUUAUGACAACGAGCAGUCAGACCUUGUGCACAGAAUCAGUGCGGACAAGAAGCUGGAAGAAAUCCCGAAGUACAAGGACCUUCUGAAGCAGUUCACCACCAUGGAGUUGAUGCGCUGGGCUUCAUUGGUCGAGGAUUAUGGGAAGGAGCUGAGAGAGGGUUCACCUGACAGCCCCGCAACAGAUGUCUUCGACUAUUCAGAGGAGGCAGAGAAAAGGUGGAAAGACCUGAAGAACAGAGUGGUGGAGCAUAACAUCAGAAUAAUGGCCAAGUAUUACACCAGAAUCACAAUGAAGAGGAUGGCUGGACUCCUUGACCUCUCGGUUGACGAAUCAGAGGAGUUCCUCUCCAGCCUAGUCGUAAACAAAACUAUCUACGCCAAGGUGGACCGGCUGGCGGGCAUCAUCAACUUCCAGAGGCCCAAAGACCCCAACGACCUGCUCAACGACUGGUCACACAAACUCAACUCGCUCAUGUCGCUGGUCAACAAGACCACCCACCUCAUCGCCAAGGAGGAGAUGAUCCACAACCUGCAGUGAAAACAUGCCAACCGCAACACAAUAUUUUAUGUUUUUGGUUAUAUUUGUUUUUGUUCAUUUUCCUUGCUGUGAGAAUGUUUUGGAAUAAAUUGCAGCCUGAUUCCUGUAUUAUUAAAUUGGAAAAAAAUCUUGUCCCACA